AUGGAGAGGCAACUAAUGGUGGAACGCAGGAUGAUGGAGAAGGAGUUGAGUGAAAGGAGGGGAGAGAAAGAGAAGGAGGUGGAGGGUCGGCUGGAGAGAGAGAGGGAGGGAGAGCGGCGAAGCAGAAAAGGAGCUCAGAAGUUGAAAGAGCAGGUGAGAGAGAAAGAGACAGAGGGAGGGAGGGAGGGAGGGAGGGAGGGAGGGAGGGAGGGAGGGAGGGAGGGAGGGAGCUGGACCUGUGGGGAAUAGAGAGGGAGAGGGAGAAAUAGGGAGAGAGAGAGGGAUGGGCUUGUGGGGAACAGAGAGAAAGAGAGGGUAAGAGAGAGAGAGAGAGAGAGAGAGAGGGGGAUGGACCUGUGUGGAACAGAGAGAAAGAGGGUAAGAGAGAGAGAGGGAUGGACCUGUGGGGAACAGAGAGAAAGAGAGGGUAAGAGAGUGAGAGGGAUGGACCUGUGGGGAACAGAGAGCGAGAAAGAGACAGAGGGAGAGAGAGAGGGAGAGGGAUGGAACUGUGGGGAACAGAGAGAUCAGAAGUUGAGGGAGGGAGGGAGGGGGCUGGACCUGUGGGGAAUAGAGAGGGAGAGGGAGAAAUAGGGAGAGAGAGAGGGAUGGGCCUGUGGGGAACAGAGAGAAAGAGAGGGUGCGAGAGAGGGAGAAAGAGAGGGAUGGACCUGUGGGGAAUAGAGAGCGAGAGAGAGGGAGAGGGAUGGAACUGUGGGGAACAGAGAGAUCAGAAGUUGAAAGAGCAGUGAGUGAGAGAGAAAAAGGGAGACAGAGGGAUGGACCUGUGGGGAAGAGAGAGAAAGAGGGAUUUAUUUUUAUUUUUAUUUUACCUUUAUUUAACUAGGCAAGUCAGUUAAGAACAAAUUCUUAUUUACAAUGACAGCCUACCCCGGUCAAACCCGGACGACGCUGGGCCAAUUAUGCGCCGCCCUAUGGGACUCCCAAUCACGGCCGGAUUGUGAUACAGCCUGGAAUCGAACCAGGGUCUGUAGUGAUGCCUAUAGCACUGAAAUGCAGUGCCUUAGACCGCUGUGCCACUCGGGAGCCCAGGGAGGGAUGGGUCUGUGGAGAACAGAGAGAACGAGAGGGAGGGAGAGAGAGAAAAUGUCUACUGUUUGCUGAUGAUCUGGUGCUUCUGUCACCAACCAAGGAGGGCCUACAGCAGCACCUAGAUCUUCUGCACAUAUUCUGUCAAACCUGGGCCCUGACAGUAAAUCUCAGUAAGACAAAAAUAAUGGUGUUCCAAAAAAGGUCCAGUUGCCAGGACCACAAAUACAAAUUCCAUCUAGACACCGUUGCCCUAUAGCACACAAAAAACUAUACAUACCUCGGCCUAAACAUCAGCGCCACAGGUAACUUCCACAAAGCUGUGAACGAUCUGAGAGACAAGGCAAGAAGGGCCUUCUAUGCCAUCAAAAGGAACAUAAAAUUUGACAUACCAAUUAGGAUCUGGCUAAAAAUGUGUUAUAGAACCCAUUGCCCUUCCAUAACAAAGCCAUCACCUACAGAGAGAUGAACUUGGAGAAGAGUCCCCUAAGCAAGCUGGUCCUGGGGCUCUGUUCACAAACACAAACAGACCCCACAGAGCCCCAGGACAUGUAGACCCAACCAAAUCAUGAGAAAACAAAAAGAGAAUUACUUGACACAUUGGAAAGAAUUAACAAAAAAACAAAGCAAACUAGAAUGCUAUUUGGCCCUAAAUAGAGAGUACACAGUGGCAGAAUACCUGACCACUGUGACUUACCCAAACCUAAGGAAAGCGUUGACUAUGUACAGACUCAAUGAGCAUAUCCUUGCUAUUGAGAAAGGACGCCGUAGGCAGACCUGGCUCUCAAGAGAAGACAGGCUAUGUGCACACUGCCCACAAAAUGAGGUGGAUACUGAGCUGCACUUCCUAACCUCCUGUAUGACCAUAUUAGAGACACAUAUUUCCCUCAGAUUACACAGAUCCACAAAGAAUUUGAAAACAAACCCAAUUCUGAUAAACUCCCAUAUCUACUGGGUGAAAUACCACAAUGUGCCAUCACAGCAGCAAGAUUUGUGAGCUGUUGCCACAAGAAAAAGGCAACCAGUGAAGAACAAACACCAUUGUAAAUCAAUUACAACCCAUAUUUAUGUUGAUUUAUUUUCCCAUUUGUACUUUAACUAUUUGCACAUUGUUACAACACUGUAUAUAUACAGUGGGGGAAAAAAGUAUUUAGUCAGCCACCAAUUGUGCAAGUUCUCCCACUUAAAAAGAUGAGAGAAGCCUGUAAUUUUCAUCAUAGGUACACGUCAACUAUGACAGAUAAAAUGAGAAAAAAAAUCCAGAAAAUCACAUUAUAGGAUUUUUAAAUGAAUUUAUUUGCAGAUUAUGGUGGAAAAUAAGUAUUUGGUCAAUAACAAAAGUUUCUCAAUACUUUGUUAUAUACCCUUUGUUGGCAAUGACACAGGUCAAACGUUUUCUGUAAGUCUUCACAAGGUUUUCACACACUGUUGCUGGUAUUUUGGCCCAUUCCUCCAUGCAGAUCUCCUCUAGAGCAGUGAUGUUUUGGGGCUGUCGCUGGGCAACAUGGACUUUCAACUCCCUCAAAGAUGUUCUAUGGGGUUGAGAUCUGGAGACUGGCUAGGCCACUCCAGGAGCUUGAAAUGCUUCUUAAGAAGCCACUCCUUCGUUGCCCGGGCGGUGUGUUUGGGAUCAUUGUCAUGCUGGCCACGUUUCAUCUUCAAUGCCCUUGCUGAUGGAAGGAGGUUUUCACUCAAAAUCUCACGAUACAUGGCCCCAUUCAUUCUUUCCUUUACACGGAUCAGUCGUCCUGGUCCCUUUGCAGAAAAACAGCCCCAAAGCAUGAUGUUUCCACCCCCAUGCUUCACAGUAGGUAUGGUUUUCUUUGGAUGCAACUCAGCAUUCUUUGUCCUCCAAACACGACGAGUUGAGUUUUUACCAAAAAGUUCUAUUUUGGUUUCAUCUGACCAUAUGACAUUCUCCCAAUCCUCUUCUGGAUCAUCCAAAUGCACUCUAGCAAACUUCAGACGGGCCUGGACAUGUACUGGCUUAAGCAGGGGGACACGUCUGGCACUGCAGGAUUUGAGUCCCUGGCGGCGUAGUGUGUUACUGAUGGUAGGCUUUGUUACUUUGGUCCCAGCUCUCUGCAGGUCAUUCACUAGGUCCCCCCGUGUGGUUCUGGGAUUUUUGCUCACCGUUCCUGUGAUCAUUUUGACCCCACGGGGUGAGAUCUUGCGUGGAGCCCCAGAUCGAGGGAGAUUAUCAGUGGUCUUGUAUGUCUUCCAUUUCCUAAUAAUUGCUCCCACAGUUGAUUUCUUCAAACCAAGCUGCUUACCUAUUGCAGAUUCAGUCUUCCCAGCCUGGUGCAGGUCUACAAUUUUGUUCCUGGUGUCCUUUGACAGCUCUUUGGUCUUGGCCAUAGUGGAGUUUGGAGUGUGACUGUUUGAGGUUGUGGACAGGUGUCUUUGAUACUGAUAACAAGUUCAAACAGGUGCCAUUAAUACAGGUAACGAGUGGAGGACAGAGGAGCCCCUUAAAGAAGAAGUUACAGGUCUGUGAGAGCCAGAAAUCUUGCUUGUUUGUAGGUGACCAAAUACUUAUUUUCCACCAGAAUUUGCAAAUAAAUUCAUUAAAAAUCCUACAAUGUGAUUUUCUGGAUUUUUUUUCCUCAAUUUGUCUGUCAUAGUUGACGUGUACCUAUGAUGAAAAUUACAGGCCUCUCUCAUCUUUUUAAGUGGGAGAACUUGCACAAUUGGUGGCUGACUAAAUACUUUUUUUCCCCACUGUACAUAAUAUGACAUUUGAAAUGUCUUUAUUCUUUUGGAACUUCUGAGUGUAGUGUUUACUGUUAAUAUUUCUUUUUUAUUUCACUUUUGUUUACUAUCUACUUCACUUGCUUUGGCAAUGUUAACAUAUGUUUCCCAUGCCAAUAAAGCCCUUAAAUUGAAAUGGAAGUUGAAUUGAGAGAGGGAUGGACCUGUGGGGAACAGAGAGCUAAAAAAAGAAAGAGCGACUGAAAGGGAAGAUUGAAAGUGAAAGAACACAUUAGUCAAGAGCAGGAAUGGGCAACUUUGAUGGGGCCACAAAAAAUCUCAUGAGGGGCCACAGUGACUCGCGUGUCUGCGUACCCACAUCCAUAUCCACUCAUGCUGUCAGAGCCGGCCCUUAGUAACAUUUUGCCAUGUGGCGCAGAGAAAAAGUUUCAGUUUUUAUUAUAAUUUCUGAGUGAGUGGCUAACAAAAUCAAUGGAGGCCCCCGGUCGGUAAUUCAACCAUGGUUACUACUGGCCGCUAGACUAACUUACCAAACAAAAAAAUGUUUGCUGACAUGGGCUACUUGAGUGACUGUCAGUGACUGGCAUAACGAGAAAAACUUCUGAUGCACAACCAAUUUUCUAAAUUGCAACGUGUGUAUUCUACUAUUCUAACUCUCAACAGUAAGUUGAGACUUCGACUGAGUAAAACAAUUUAAAUUAAAAUGUUUUUAGGAAUUGAUCUGCAGGCUUACAAAACUUGCCCAUCUCUGGUCAAGAAGGACACUUAAAUGUAUAUUGCAGUCAAUGAGCGUUGUUGUUUUGUAGGGUCGAAUAGGGACUAUCAGAGAGGGACUGGCUGAAGAUACAGCUCAUAUCAGAGGUACUAUGUCAGAGGAUCUUAAACCACAGACACUUAUGUAUUCAAAUAAAUACAGUGAAUACUAAGCAUCAGAUCACCCAUGUCCAAAUAGUACUCUGGCUUGAAGGCAAUAAUAUUCUGAAUCAUACAUAAUUUGCAUGAGAAAAGGCAAUAUACGUACAUACUGCUGGUUUUUGUGUGCUCAACUUUUUCCCCCCCAAUUUUCAGCAUGGAGAUGAAAUGAUGUGUGUCUAUGUUGUGUUCUCCUCCUGCAGCCCAGCAGACCGCCCCAGUCUCCACUACUCCCAAGUCCAUAGUCAAACUGGUGGAGAAUAUCAAUGCUCUGAGAGAAGCUCUCAGCUGCACUGAUCUGCAGGUAUGGUGGCCCACGUGGAUCAUUUAGCCCUAUUAUAUGCACUGUCUAAUAAGCAACACAUUGCCUAUUAUUAAUCUUCCAUUUUUAUGUAAGCCACUGUUGCAAACAGCACUUUUUUAUUUCCAGUGACACAUUGAUGUAGUUGUUUCAUUUUGUUUAGUUAUAUUGCAGUCAGAGGAGCCUAGUGAGCGGCGGACGGCUCAUAAAAAUUAAUGGAAUGGAGUGAAUGGAAUGGUAUUAAACACAUGGAAACCAGGUGUUUGAUGUGUUUGAGCCCUUAUGUGAAAACCACAUGAAUUUCACAUACACGUUUUCAUGUGAUCACAUGUGAUCUUAUGUGAAGUUAAUGUGAUAACAUGACAACAUGUAAAGCAACAUGUGAUAGCAUGAAACUACACGUGAAAACAUGAUCACAUGUUACAAAAAAAGCAAAGGUACUAAAACAAACCCCAAGCCUGGUACCUGGCCUGAUAGUCUCUGAACAAAAAUGUAAUCCACACACUGGUAUAAUGCUUCUACAUCUGCAUUGCUUACUCUUUGGGGUUUUAGGCUGGGUUCUGUAUAAGCACUGUGUGACAUCUGCUGAUGCAAAAAGGACAUUAUAAAUACAUUUGAUUUUAAUUUGAUUUUAAUCGUUCCAAAAACACAUGACUUCAAAUGUGAAAUUUCAUGUGAAAUUGUGUGAUUUUCCACAUGUGAAACCAUGUGGUUUUUCUGUAAAGGAGACCAAUACAUUUAUUCCGUUCCAGUUAUUACUAUGAGCCUUCCUCCCCAUUUAAAGUGCCACCAGCCACCACAGAUUGUAGUACUAUCUAACCACACUGGGGUGUGGUAGCUCUGAUUACAUUGAACAUAUUAGAAAACUUGGCAUUGCAGAAAAAAGCAAAGGUAGUAAAACAAACACCAAGCCUGGUACUUGGCUUGAUAGUCUCUGAACAAAACAUUAAUCCACACACUGGUAUAAUGCUUCAAAAGUGUUUAACAGGACAACGUUUCGUCCCCAAACUGGAUCUUCGUCAGCUGCCGAACUUGAGUCGGGCAUAUUGUCAACAUGGCAGUCAGGUGCUGGUAGUCUCUUUGAGCUGAGUAUAUGUCCACCUCUUCACCUGUCUGUCUGUCCACUGUGUAGGAGCUGGAAACACGGCUGGUCUCUCAGAAGGCCAUCAGGGAGCAGCUGCAAACCCAGAUGACCCAGUGUGAGGAGCUGGUCAGGCAGAGCAUGGAGACCCUGGCUGCCCUGGAACUCCAGUACGCCCAGCUCAAGUUCAGCGCUGGGCCCGGCUCUGACAGGUACAGUAGAGCUACACAGAAAAGUAGUACUCCUGUGUCAUCCGUAGAAAAAAGGAGAAAAGAUCUGAAGGUACUUCAGAUCUCGGGCCACAGAACUUGUGAAGACGAGGAGAGAGGAAAUACAAUUGAGAUUCACCCUCUGUUUGUCUUAAGGUUUGAGCGGCUGAAGGAGGAAAUGCAGGUGGAGCUUGAGCAGGAAGAGGAGCGUUGCAGCCAUUGGGAGGACAAGCUUGGAAAGGCCCAAUCAGUGCUGCACAGGGUGGAGAAGGGUGUCAACAACCUGUUCUUCAGGAUGAGCUGCGUACAAGUGAAGGUAGCCAUUUUAUCCCUUUCUUUAUAUAGAUGGACAGUUCAGUCUCAUCUGGCCCUUUCUUGGUCACCUAUCAGCCAGAAAAUGUUGUUUCGGUGUUCCUCAAGGCUGUGUUCUUGGACCACUACUGUUCUCAUUAUACAUGCUAGCCCUUGGUGAUGUUAUUCAGGAAUAGAAAGGAUCUUAAUCCAAAUGUCUCUGUCUUGUUGUAGGACUCUCCCAGGGAGUUGGGAGGUCUGGAUGCCAUAGAGAAGCUGAGGGAAAUCGAUGCCCGUCUGCCCACACUGCAGACCACAGCUUCAGAGAAGACUGAGGAAAACACAGCUGACCAUGAGAAGGUGAAACUCUGGUUUACUUUCUUUCCUUAGCUCUCAUCUCUGUCUACCUCUUUUCUCUGAGCCUGAAUCUCUCAACUCUCCUCUCAAAGUUUGAGUUUUCAUUUCUUCUUGUCUCACCUCUUUCCCUUCUGAUCUCACCGCUCUCCCCUCAGGUGUGGAGCUUUCUGGAGCAGAGCACCAUGAUGGAGCCAAGGAACUACAAGAGGGCCAGCAGCCCUGUGUAUGACAGUACCUCAGAAGGUAUGCUUUUUCUUGGGUAUAUGGUUAUGCAUGGUUUUUCUGUAUAUUGUAAACAACAUCUUAUUAACAACAGGAAGCCAUUCCUUACAUUUCCAUAAUGGCUGUUGAGUGCUUGGCUAAUGGUGUUUGAUUGUUGUGUGUAACACCUCCUGUUGCACCUGCUCCUCACUGCUCCUUUCUGCUCCUUUCCUCCCGCUCAGACACAUUCCGGUUCCGCAGUCAGGAGAAGGACUGCUCCCUGUCCCGCAAGGAUAUCAAGCGUCGCAGCAUCCAGCUGAUCGAGGUGCACCAGCCCAAGAAGAAAGCCCAGAGGUGCACCAAGAAAAUCUAG